UGUGUGAAUUAAAGGAAGGACUGUAAUUGUGAAAAAUUUCGGGUGUCGUAUUUCAAUGAAAAUAUCUAUUUUGAUUGCUUUUGUGGAUCCAUUUGAAUGAUGCUUUUGCAUGACAUCUGUACAUACGGAUAGAAUAAAGGACUUUUUUCAAAAACAGAUUGUGUGAAAAGGAUUCAGAAGAGAUUUUUCUCGUGACGUCUGUAUGUAUCUCACAUAACUCAAAAACAAAUAGCCAUAGGAUGUUGAAAUUUUAUGUAUGAGACUGUUAUAACAUCUAGUUGUGUACCUCCCUUCUCCAUUGCAAUUGGCGGCACCAAACACCCACACACACAUAUAUAUAUAUAUAUAUGUUUAUAUCACCAAACAUAUUCUGUUAACUGGCUCGAUAAAAAGAACAAACAGCUGCCGAAGAAGAAUAAUUUUGCUGGACCUGAGAAGCGAAAUGCAUCGAAAUCUUCAGAUAUAAAAAACAUGUUUAAAUCUCUUCCUGUAAAGAGAAAAAUGGAGCAAGAUAUAAAACUGGAAGAGGAUGACAUUCUCGGGAGUAUUAUGGAAGAUUUGCAUAAAGAGGCUGUACCUGAAGUCUAUACUCCGAAACCAAUGGUGCUUCGAAAAAAGCAUAAACUAAGUUAUCAUUCUCCAAGGGCACGAUAUGAACCUCCUAAUUUUGAUGACAGAUAUAAAAGUCCUUUGGCAUCUGAUUUUGUUCCAAAAAUUCCUACUACUAACACAUCACCUGCCACUACUUUGCCUCGAAAGCCACUUCAACCUAAAGUAGUUGAUUUUGACUAUGUAGACAAUGAACAAAAUGAUCUCAAAGAAGAAAUAAUUGAAGAAUUUUCCCAGAAUCCUGAUUUUAAACCUAAAGUUGAAGAAGAAGUCCUUAUUGAUGAAGAUUUUGAAGAAGAUAUAAAUUUUGAUCCAAGUGCUGAUAUUUUUUGUGAUACAGAGAAUAAAUCAUCUCAGAAAGAAAAUGAAUCUGUAACUGAUUUUCAAGAAAAGUCUUCUAAAAUUUUAUCCUCAUUUCAAGGUAGUCUAAAGACAAACUGUGACAAUGCAAUUCCAGAUAUACAAUUAGAUUCAGAUCGUCUUCCUUUAAUUAUAAAUGAAGACGGGAAUUCUGUCUUAAGAAUGUUUUGGCUUGAUGCUUUUGAAGAUCAAUAUAAAAGUCCUGGAACUGUAUAUUUAUUUGGGAAAGUUUAUUUAGAAGAGCAAAAAGCAUAUGUUAGCUGUUGUGUGAUUGUAAAAGACAUACCACGACAAGCAUUUGUGUUACCUAGAGAGACUGAAUUUGAUAUGAAGAGGAAAAUUGAUACUGACAAACCAGUUACCAUGCCAGAUGUUUAUUCUGAAGUGAAUUUAUUUAUGGAAAAAAUGAAUAUAACAGAGUUUCGAAGUAAAAAAUCUCUGAAAAACUAUGCAUUUGGGGAAGCAGAAAUACCUGAUGUCUGUGAGUACUUGGAAAUACAGUAUUCUUCUCGUCAUCCUCCACUUCCUGCCAGUCUCUGUGGUUCUACUUUUAGCCAUGUUCUUGGGGCUGAUUCUACAGCUUUGGAAAUGCUUCUGCUUGAACAGAAGCUCAAAGGACCAGGUUGGAUUGAUGUACACUGUGCUCAACCUUCAAUUCCACCGGUUAGCUGGUGUAAAGUUGAGGCUUUUGUAACAAAAGUGAAGCAUAUCAGAAAUGUAGAUGAUACCUUAAGUGUUCCACCUGUGACUCUUAUGUGUUUAAAUCUAACAACUGCUCAUAAUUUCAAGACACAGCAGAAUGAAAUUGUAGCUGUGUCAUGUCUUACGCAUCGUGAAUUUCCAUUGGAUAAAACAGCUCCCAAUCCUGCCUAUGAUAAUCAUUUUUGUGUUUUAACUAAACCCAGCGACUGUAUCUUUCCAUUUGAUUUCAAAGAAGCGAUCACAAAGUAUAACAAUACUAAAGUAGAGCGUGUUGAUUCUGAACGUAGCUUGCUUAUUUAUUUCCUGGCCAAGAUUAACAAGAUGGAUCCAGAUAUUAUUGUUGGCCAUGAUAUUUUUGGAUUUGAUUUAGACCUACUUCUCCACCGUAUGGUAGUACACAAAAUACCAAACUGGUCACGAAUAGGAAGACUAAAGCGUACUGGGGCUCCUCGUCUCAAUGUUGCUCAAGGUGGAAUUGCUGAAAGAAACGCUACAUGUGGACGCCUCCUUUGUGAUAUUAAAAUAUCCAGUAAAGAACUUAUCCGUUGCAAAAGCUAUGACCUACAAGAGCUAGCUAGUUAUGUUCUAAAUCAGCAAUAUUCUGAAAUUUUGCCAGAAUCUACGCAAACAUUUUACAUGUCAGCUAAAAAACUUCUGACAUUAAUUGAUCAUGGAAUGAUGACAUCUGAGCUCAUUCUUCGAAUAAACUGUGAGCUUAAUGUGUUACCUUUGGCCUUGCAGAUUACAAACAUUGCUGGAUGUGUUAUGUCAAGAACACUAUUAGGUGGGAGGUCAGAGCGUAAUGAAUUCCUCUUGUUGCAUGCCUUUCAUGCAAAAAAUUUCAUAUAUCCACCUAAAGUUCAAGGGAAAAAAAAAGUUAUAGUUGAAGAUGAUGAUGAAGUCAAAAUAACAAAUAAAAAAGGUCGUCGUAAACCAGCUUAUGAAGGUGGCUUAGUGUUAGAUCCAAAGAAAGGUUUCUAUGAUAAAUACAUUUUACUUAUGGACUUCAACAGCUUAUACCCAUCAAUUAUUCAAGAGUAUAAUAUUUGUUUUACAACAAUACCUAGAGUCCCUGUCUCAGAAUCUAAUGAUGAAGCCGAGAUUGAAGUUAGCUUGCCAGAUCCUGGUCUAGAAACUGGUGUAUUACCUGCUGAAAUUCGUAAACUCGUUGAGAGUCGGCGACAAGUCAAGAAAAUGAUGAAGGCAUCUGAUGUAACAAAGGAUCGUUAUGCGCAGUAUGAUAUCAGGCAAAGGGCUUUAAAAUUAACUGCCAACAGUAUGUAUGGGUGUCUUGGCUUCUCUCAUUCAAGGUUCUAUGCUAAACCAUUGGCAGCUCUUAUUACCCGUAAAGGUCGAGAGAUUUUAUUGAAAACUAAAGAGUUGGUAGAAAAGAUGGGGCUUGAUGUAAUAUAUGGUGAUACUGAUUCAAUUAUGAUAAAUACAAAUCAAACAGAAUUGGAUGAAGUUACACUCUUAGGAAAUAGGGUUAAAACUGAAAUUAACAAACUUUAUCGUCUUCUUGAAAUUGAUAUUGAUGGUGUGUACAAGCCAAUGCUAUUACUGAAGAAAAAAAAAUAUGCUGCUCUGUCCAUAACUCGCUUAGCCAAUGGUCAAAUAGUAUCUAAAGAGGAAAUUAAAGGUCUGGACAUCGUUAGAAGAGAUUGGUCUCAAUUAGCCAAAGAUGCAGGACAGUAUGUUAUAAAAGAAAUUUUGUCCACUAAAUCAAAAGAUGAAAUCAUUGGAAACAUUCAUUCUCAUCUCAAAUCUCUUGGUGAAGCAGUUAAAGAAGGAAGGAAGCCCCUGUCUGAUUAUAUUAUCUAUAAACAACUGACGAAAAAUCCUGAAGAUUAUUCUAACAAAAAAAACCUGCCACAUGUGACUGUAGCAGUGAGAGUCAAUGAAAAAGGUGGGAAAAAAUUGAGAAUGGGCGACACAGUUGCGUAUAUCAUAUGUUUGGAUGGCUCUGAUUUACCUGCUACCCAAAGAGCAUACCAUCCAGAUGAACUAAAAGCACAUGAAACACUGAAAAUUGAUGUAUUCUAUUAUUUGGCUCAGCAAAUUCAUCCAGUUGUAUCACGUUUAUGUGCUCCAAUUGAAGGGACUGAUGUUGCAAUGAUAGCUGAAUUGCUCGGCUUAGAUGCUUCAAAGUAUCAUUCUGCUCUUCGAGUUGUUGAAGAAGAAGAAGAUAAGCUUCUUAAUCCAUCAUCUUUAUUUGAUGAUCAAGAUCGUUUUAGAGACUGUGAUAAGCUUAAAUUUAAAUGUCCUGCUCAACAAUGUUCACAAGAAAUCAUUAUUGAUGAUGUCUUUCGAAUGCAGGAUAACAUUAAGAUAUGUCAAAUAGGUGAAUGUUUGACUUGUAAAACUAAGCUCAUACAUUAUUGUGCUGCCCUUAAAAAUCAACUGGAUCGUAUCAUGAGGUCUUAUAUAUCAAAAUAUUACAAGCAUAGUCUAAUAUGUGAGGAUGUUGGGUGUGCUUAUCAAACUAGGAAAAUACCUCUGCAUUUUACAAGUGGUGGUCCAGUUUGUCCUUCAUGCAAGAAUUCCAAUUUGCGGUUAGAAUACACUGAAGCUCAACUUUAUACACAGUUAGCAUAUUUCCAGUAUUUAUUUGAUUUGCAGAAAGCUACUUCAUCACUCACUCCUCAAGAAAGAGGAUAUAUCAAAGUCACCAAAGAUGAAAUAGACUUUUAUAAUAAUCUUAAGCUCACAGCUGAUAAAAUUUUGCUCAAGAGUGGCUAUGGAAUAGUGAACUUAGGGAUGCUGUUUCAAGGUCUCUUUGAAAGAGAUGCAAAUGCAGUAGGAAGUCACUAAGUCACUAAAUUUAUACUGUGUUGUAUAUAAAACAUGUAUUUUGAAUGUUCAGUGAAUGAAUGUGUUAAUUUAUAUCUUUAAAUCUGAGAUGUCAGCGGAUAACAGAAUUCAUCAAAUGUAUCUGAAUAGUUUAUUAACUGGAAGGUAAACAGCAAUAAAAUUUUAAAAAAUUAUAUUUUUAAAAUGAAAUUAAAUAUCCUUUCAAAAACUCUCUGACUUAAUAUUAAAAAAUAUGAAGCUUUUAAUUUUUUAAUUACAUUUAUGUUUUGUAAUAGGAACUAAUAUGUAUAAAAUUAAAAUUGAGUUCAUUUGUAAAUUUGUUUUUCCUUAUUACAUUGAUAGUAUUAAAGAUAAGUAUAACUGAUAAUUUGUUAUAAAAAUCAGCCAUGUAAUAAACCAGAUGUCAAAUGAUUUGAAAUAUCCUAAAUAUGGGGAGAGGGAUUUUUAAUAUAUUCAAAACCUAAUUAAAGUAGAAGCACUAAGUGUAUAUUUCAUUGCAACAAUGUUAAUCUCAUAUUUGUGGAAAAAUAUAUUACAAUGUUAAUCUCAUAUUUGUGGAUUUAAAAAGUAUGUAACAUACUAAACAGUAUUCUAAAGUUUCUGACUGCAUUUUCAUAAUAUCUCUUUCUCUCUCCCCCAAUUGUUGAAUCAUAUUAUAUAAUGUUUUAAAAAUAUAAAUUGAUUUUAAAAGUUCAUGUGAAAUUUUGUAACUGAGAAAGUUGGUAACGUAACUGUAAAAGUUCUUAAAGACAAUAAAAUACUUCCAAUCUAGGUAAAGCAUUGUGCUACUGAUUUAAUAAUUGCAUAUUUCAGAAUAUAACAUAGCAGCAAUGAAGCAGAAAAUGUGUGAUUAAGAAAAGAAUAAAACUCGGAGAUCUUGUGUAAUUUAAAAAAUGGAAUGGGUUGUAAAUGCAUGAGAAAACUAUUUCAUGUAUUGAAUUUUGUGCAAAAGUGGUAAAAGUUAACCUUUGUGUGUUAAAAUGCUAAUAUAGUAUUUGUUUUGUCUUACUAAAUUGUUAUAUCUUUGUACUGUGGAUAUUUAAAGAGUACAAGGUAUUUAUUAUAAAUUAAAAAUUUUGUAUUGUUUAAUGUACUUAACUUAUUAAAAAUAAUUUUUAAGAAAUGAUAUUUUUAAACAAUGCUAUUUAAGAAUGGUGUAAUCUAAAGCCAUAAUAAUUUGUUAUAUAUACUUUUAUACUUUGCAUGUUAUAUUCGAGUUAUAUUACUAAUGAGAAUUUUAUAUAGUUUAACUAAUUGGUUGAAUAUGAUUCAAUAAAAUUUCAGAAAAGAUUUGAUGGCAAAUUGUAAUUGCUUUGUUUUUGUUAGUGAUAGUACUUUGUUUAUUUUACUUUUAUUCAGUGCUAAUUUAAAUCUGAAUUAUAAGUUAAUAAGUUUUAUAUUAUGUAACCAAAUUAUUAGACUGAACUGUAAUAAAAUUUUACAGUUCAAUAAAUAUGAGGAUAUAAUAAUCAAUAAAUACUAGCAUAAUUAUAUCAGGAGGAUAAUCAAUGAAAUUUUCCCCCCUUUUUUUUAAAAAAAAAGUAGGGAAUCUUUAAAUGACCACAUCUUAAAGAGAGAAAUAUUUUUGAAGACGCAAACAGGAGUAUUGUAGUUUAUAAUAUUGUUGUUCUCUAACAUGAUUGGUACAUAACCCAAUCAAGACCAUCAAAUAUUUUUAUGAAGUUGAUUGCCAAAAUAUUUAAUUUUGACAUAAACAUUAAAUAAUUCAAGUAAUGUAAAUAUAAAAAAGUGUGCACUUUAGAAAAUCUGAAAAUCACUGCAUUUGUAUGUAAAUACAUCGUUCACUGAAAACAAAUUUUCAUUUUUGUUAUGGCAUUUUAAAGUACACUUAUCUUUUUUAAAGCUUAUGUUAAUCUUUUCGUUUCAAAUCAUGUUCAACAUUCUGUAUAUAUACUUGCAUUCCACUUUUUAGAACAGACUGAAGAAUUUUUAUAAUGCUUUGUCACAUUAGUGUUUUCAGAAUUUCUCAGUGUAUAAAUUGAAAAUUAAUUGUAAAUUAAGAAUUGUAUUAUAUUUGGC